AUGGAAGCCUUGUUUGAAUUAUUCUUCGAGGCUGCCAAGGGAGGCGACAGAUUCCGUAUCAAAGAAUUUCUGGACAGUGGUGACAUAGAUGUCAAUUACAACAGCUAUAGGGUUCAUGAAGGAGGGACUGCAUUCAAUGCGGCAUGCGCCCAUGGUCAUUUACAGGUUGCGCGGUUGUUGUUGGCUCGAGGUGCCGAUAUCAAUGCAAAAGAUCGCUCAGGAAAUACGGCCUUGCAUUCGGCAUGUUAUGACGGUGCACGUCAGACUGCUCGUUUUUUGAUACGCCGGGGUGCUUCAUUAGAAGAGAAGAAUGAUGAUAGAUCUACGCCAUUGCAUUUGGCCUUUUCCAACCAUCCGUAUGAAAUGGCCCAACUUUUGUUAGACAACGGUGCCGAUGUGAACACCAAGGAUAACAAGGGCAAUACACCAUUGCAUACCAUAUGCGAAGGUUCUGCACCUAGAUGGGUUCAGAGUCUGUUGUGCCAAGGUGCUUCUCUGGAAGAAAAGAAUCGUGACGGAUUUACGCCAUUGCAAAUCGCCUGUUUCAAUGGUGAUUUCGCCGUGUCCCAAGUCCUUUUAGAAAUCGGCGCGGAUCUGAACAUCACGGACGGUGAGGGCGGUACACCAUUGCAUUAUGCAUGCAGCAAUGAGCGUCCUGAUAUUGCACAGCUGUUAUUGGAUCGAGGUGCGGACGUGAAUGCAACGGGUGACACAGAUCAGACACCACUGCAUCAUGCAUGUCAACAUGGUUGUUCAGAGGUCGUCAGCCUCCUGUUGGAUAGAGGUGUGGAUGUAGAAGCAAAGACGAAGAACAAAAUGACAGCCCUGGAUCUCGCAUGCUACCAUAAUCAUUUUCAAGUCGUCUGGUUGUUAAUAUCUCGAUGUCCAUGGCUACUUCUGGAUCGAUUAAGCCUUGUUGCCGAAACCCGGGAGAAAAAGAAGCCACGGCUCUGUUGA